AUUUUGGGCUGACUUGUCCUACCUGGGGCGCGAUGGAGUCCACUUGAGAGAGGAAACUGGUGCUAAUCCUCCAAUACCAAUGGUGAAAUACAUGAGGAGCAUUAAAUAUGCUGUGCAUCAUAGAAUACAGAAAUUAAAGAAUAAACCAUGCCUAAACGUCGGACAGACUCCACACCUAAACCAACACCAAAAAGGAAAAAGUCGUCUGCGAUGACUGUACACAGUUCUACUCCUUCUGUGGCAGCAGCGAUUGACUAUGACCUUUUAGCGGCAGCUAUUAUCAAACAGUCUCAAAACUCUACCAACAGUAACAGUGCUUCGAACGUAUGUGACAACAAUAGCGUGAAUAGUGCAGAGGUCAAUAAUGAUAUCACUUGGGAUUUAUGUGACAAUACUGCUGUAAAUGACAGUGUAAAUAGUACCGUAGUACCCGUGUCUGAAGUUUCCAUUCAACCGUCAUCAAGCAAUGUAAUUCCAAAGCCGGCAACCUCUACAUCUUCCUCAGAGAGUCAAGACAUUACAGACUCAUCCACUAACGUUGCAAACCUAGUUAAUGCAUUACUACAACAAAACUCAGGAAGCAUUCCGGGAAGCACCAUAUUUACAACAACAACCAACAAAAAUACCAGAGGACCUUCUUUACAUUUAACAUCGUCAGCACAAAAACUGCUACAAGCCUCUUUGGCCCCAGCAACAAGAAAAGCAUAUCAACAUUCAUGGAAGCUUUUCCUUACUUGGGCUGAUUCCAUAUCCUUACCUGUAAAAUCCAAUACACUUUGCAAUUUUAUAGGUCAUUUAUUUGAUAUUGGAUAUUCACCAAGCUCAAUAACAUCACAUAUUUCAGCUUUGACCUACAUUCAUAAAAUUCUUGAUAUGCCGGAUCCAGCGCAGUGUUUUUUAGUGCAAAAGUUGCUGAAAGGGUGUCACAAAUUAGGUCCAACUGUUGACUCAUGUUUGCCAAUAACUGGUGAAAUUCUGAUCAAGAUGGUAAAGGCUUUGAGACACACAAUUAUUGAUCAUUACAACAUGUUACUGUUAGAGGCUUUGUUUUUGCUCGCAUUUCAUGGAUUUUUCAGGUUAGGUGAAUUGGUUAUAACAUCAAAGACACGGGCAGAAUAUGUUAUUCAAAGGUCAGAUGUGCAUUUUGAAGUAGCAAAUAACAAAUUAAAUCAUGUACAAUUGGUCCUACGUCAUUUCAAAACCAUUAGUUUAGGACAACCUAGAUUUAUUACUUUAGAAACACCAGACAAUAUCCUUUCUUGCCCAGUACAUGCAUUGUUUCAAUAUCUAAAACAUUUCCGUCAUUUGAAUGGACCUUUAUUUCAGUUCUUAGAUGGUUGUCCUGUGACAUAUUCUUUUGUUUCAAAGAAACUAAGUGAAGUUAUCAAAUAUAUUGGUUUAGAUCCAAAACAAUACAAGGGUCACAGCUUCAAAAUUGGAGCUGCUACACAUGCAGCAAAACAGGGUUUUUCGGAAAAUGCUAUUCAAAAUAUGGGUAGAUGGAAGUCAGAUGCUGUCAGGCGUUACAUUCGUAUAGGUUCAUUUUCUGUUAAAAGUGAUUGAGCAUUUUCACCUGAUUGUUUUCAUAUGUAGUUGACUGUUAGGUAUAGGUCUGUUAUAUAUACAGUUAUGUAUCUGAAAUGUAGAUAAAUGACAAAAAAAUUUUGUCGAUGUUUUGAAUUUGCUGAUUCAUUACAUUUCAUUCAUUAUUUAAAUACAUGUUAGGGAUGGGGAAUUUACCCCAAAAAAUAGGUAUAUGCCUACUUUUUUAUGAUUAUAAAUUUUUAUUUGAGCUUAACCUCUCUUGGAAUAUUGGGAUUUGGAAAUAAUUUUAGAAAGAGUAAGAACUCAUAUUGAAGUUUUUGGAGGGUAAGAUUAUUGGAUUGAAAUUGACAAACGUAGUAACAAAUUAAUGUCUAGACAAUAUAUCCAAUACAGCUUAAAUAAAAGA